GGUUCGGGUCACUUUCAUGCCGUUCCACGUCGAAAAAAACGCUUGAAAUCGACGAUUCGCACACCGAACGAACGCCAAAACCGGAAACGCGCUUUCGUGCCAACAUUUCCAGUGAGUUUCCCGCGAAAUGCAUCGCGUCCGGUUAAAAAUAGACUAACCCGAGCAUAAAUUCUAUGCGCCUCACGUAGAAAAACGAUGUUGUCCAAAGUGAAAUAACGAUGAUUUUGAGGAACGGGGGCCCCGGGCCCCCUUUCGGGGCUUACGUGCUUUUAAGUUGUCUACUAGUUACAUUACCCAAUCUCUCCACAGCCGAGAAGAGCAAGCACUACUCGAUGCAAGCUCUCUGCAAGACCCAUUUCCUCCAACAACUGUACCGGAAGAUAGAUGGCGCCGUACUGUGGUCGAAGAACGAAAGGAACCUCGACUGCGUCAUUACCUUCCAAACGCACUCGAUUCUUCAAAGAUUUAUGCUUCGAUUCGAUUUUUUGCAACUCGACUGUAACGACCACCUGUAUAUAUACGACGGGGCGCACGCUGUCGGUACCUACAAGUUUGACUUGUCCUGUAGAAAUACACAGAAAUUCGGACCGAUGUACACUAGGACCAAUUACGUCACGCUCAAGUACGUUACAGACAGUUGGGGUUUGGACUCAAACGGAUUCAAACUAGUUAUAACGGCCGUCAAGGAUCAGAAACAUGCGUGCACAGAAUUCCGGUGCACCCCUUCGGACUUCUGCAUAGCCACAGACCUUGUCUGCGACAACAUCAACCAUUGUGGCGACGGAUCUGACGAGUCGUCGAGCAACCUUUGUCAAAAUAAUGAAACCGGAACAAUUCUAGGAUUGGAGAUGACGUGGUUUGUCGUGCUUAUCGUAAGCACCUUACUUGUUCUAUUGGUUUGUAUAGUUGCUGUGUCAAUAUGCUUAUGCCGAAGAGGUUUCAAUACAAGGAUGUCCAACAAUGUACCUCAACAGAAUUAUUCCCUUCAGCAAAUGUAUGGGUCUAAUGGGGCUAUGAAACAAGGCUCUAUGACGACACUCCCGGUGCAGGGAAACUGGUACCACCCUGCGGGCCUACAAGGGUUCCGCCUCAGCAUGCCGGUCCGGGUCCGCCUCUACUGCCAGGCAAAGUAAAACACACGUCUGCCAACGGCGGCGAUGCUGACCUCGUCCAGCAAAGCCAAAAGGACGAGUGGUUCGUCUAGCAAUAGAGGUGCCCGGCUCGAUGCCUGCAGGGUGAGCCGAGUGUUGAACCCAGCUCGGCCGGUAACGGAGGUUGCCGAUAGGUUAAUAGAGAUUAUUAGAGAUUUAGCUCGACGGAGAUGGACGCGAACGUUGGUAACGUAGCGUAUGUUAUUGCUGCCAACAGGGUUUCCAAUAAGUUACUAAAAUAACCGCUCCUGUGAUUUGAUAUUCUGUUUGGCGCGUACGCGGUGGAUUACAUUCUGGGGGCGAUUUGAAAAAUUUAAUAAAAUUAAAUUAAAAAAAAGAGUUGUUCAAUGUAAUGUCUAGACAAUAUACAUCAUUGUGAACUAGGUAAUGUCUUAGCUUAAUCAUAGCCAAAUCAAGUUUUGUCCUCUAUUUUUUUUUGGUCCUAUUUUUGAAGAGUCCGCGUUGAGCUGAGAUGUGUUCGAUGUAAUUUAACAGCUCUGAGAACUGCCUGUAGCGCUGUGUUUGUCUUAUCACAUCAAUUUGUGGUCAGUGUCCGGCCAAUUUUUUAACUGUUUCUCCUUGUACUGUAUUAUCUUUUUGUCGGUGGAUCCUGAAGGUGCUAAGAAAACGAUCACCGGAUAAUACAGCUUUGUGAAUUUUUAAACUAACCUUCACUCGUUCAUUACCAAUUAACGACUUAAAUAACUUUGAUAAGAAGAAAAGCGCACACCGUUAACUAAAUUAAAUUAAGUAAUGAUGAUCUAUAUGAAGAGGAGAUCAUCUAUGUGUUAGGUGUGUAUUAUUUAAGACGUAGGCACACAUAAAUAAAUACAUAAGAAGGAAAUGUAUAGCACAAUUUCUCCAACACGACUAUCUAUAUAGACAAAUAACGAGCUGAAAGAUGGAGGAUUCUUUGUAUAGAACAAUAAUUAACCUAACCUACUUUGUAAGCUAACUCAUAGGUUCUUUUAGUGUAAUUCACCUUAGAUGAAAAAGCACUUUUGCCGAGAUUACGCGGGAUAGCGAAGCUAAUCAUGGGAAAAUUGCUUCGUCAUCAGUCUUUCUACCAUUUUUUACUAAAUAAACAAUCGAAGUGUUUUGUAUACACUGAAACUUUUAGAAACGUUUAGCUUUGUUAGUUGAGAUAUAAGAUCGAUAUAAGAAAAGAAGCUUCCUGCCUAGAAGCUAUAGAGUAUUAUAUAGUUUGCAUUGUGGGAGUGAGUUUUUUUCGUUCACAUAUCUCUAAGCAUUUUGUUGCUUCGCGGAUAUUGGAUCAUUUUUACUGCCAUUUGUAAAUGUGCUCCGUAAACGGGAAAUAAAUAUGUGAAAGAAAAGUAAAAUCGUUUAGUGAAUACCGUAUAUAUAAAAAUAUAGUACCAAAUAGAAGACUUUUAGAAAUAUAUUUUGAAAGGUCAUUUAAAUAAUACCAUUAAAAAAAGAUAUUUCUCCACCACAUAUCACGUUUGUUCAUUUCAACAAAAUAAUAUCACAGCAAUACACGUAAAUCGGUUGGGUAUCGACCAUCAUAUCGAUACAAUAUCUACUUAAAAAUAAUAAUACCAAUCUAAACAUAUCUUACAGACAUUUCCAAAUAAAUACUCGAUAUCCGAUUAUUUUGCGUAUGUUGCCUACACACAUCAUGUUUUGUAAUACGCUGUACUUAUUUUUCAAUAUCGCAUUCGACCAAAGUAAAUUAUUACCGAAAGCCAUGCGUAUAAAUUGUAUACAGAUUGCAACUUUUUAACUAACAAAAAAAACGAUGACAUGUCCGUGUGUGUUUUAAUGGAAAACUAAAAUGUUUCUUUAAUAAAAAAUUAAACAGGGAAAAA